UAGAAAAAAAAAAAAACAAUUUUCUAAUCUUUUGAAAUGUUUUUAUAUAAUUAAUACCAAAUCCAAAUUCAAACGGACUUGGGUAGUAUGCAAAUCUUGCCAUUUGAUUUGUAACAUUUAGAAACGGUAUAUUAGAAGUUCCCUAAUAAAGUUUCAACAAAUCUUGACUAGGAUGAAGUUUCAUUUCAAGAUGAUUUAUAAUUAUUAAUAGAUUGAAUGAAUGAUAUAUUCAAAGGGAAAUUUCAGUUGCUCUCCAACUAUAUGAAGUGCGAAAAUACUUGCGUGUGCGUGUGUGUGUGUGUGUGUGUGUGUGCGUGCGUAACAUUGCAGUUUGGCCAAUAGAAAAAGGAAAAAAAUUUCGAUACUUGCAUCUUCAAGGUAGCUUUUGCUCUGCCCACUCAAACUGAAUGCGAAUAAUCGUACUUGUUAAUAAUAUGUUCACUUUCAAGAUCGCCUUUAACAUCUCGGAAAAAGUGCAUCACACGUUUUAAUACAAUACUUUCAACACCUUAUAUAUCGAAUUACAACUUGGUCCGAAGCGCUUUAAAAGGUCGACUACAUUUUCUUAAUGAUGAAAGGUAUCCAAAUAACUUUUUGCCGUACUCACGCUAUAAAAGCAAAAGUACUUCUUCCAAUUAAAUAUAGUUGUGUAUUUCAAAUCCUUCAGUGUUGAUUGGUGUUUCAAUAGAAUCAAAAUUAUAAAUUUAUAAAAUAAGUUGUAACGUGGACGGACAUCUUUGCAUUUUAUACGAUUUACUACCGGAAUUAUUACCAAAAAUAUAUAUAUUAUGUGUAAGCUGCUGUUAUUAGCAGUUAUUACUGCUCUUGUUGCUGCAGCAAAACCUGAAAUCAAUGAUUUAUUUAUAUCCGAGGAAAUAAACCCAAUAAAAGAUGCCAACGAAAAUGAUGAAUAUAAACGCGAAGAACGUGGUUCUUUUGGUGGUUAUUUCGGGCAGUCGCAACCAACUGCUUCAAAAGUCUCAACUAACGCUAGAUCAUCUUUUGGCUUUCACUCACCAUUUGGUUAUGGCAGAGGAGGCAUAAAUAUGGGUGGCUAUGGCAGUUUUAAAAGUCCCAAAAUUGGACGACCACGACCACCUGAUUUACAAGCUAUGCUUAAUCGAGGAGAAAGGGAACAACAACAGACUUUAAACUUUUUAAAGAGUAUGGGACCGAAACAAUUGCCCCCGUAUGGUAGUUGUUCAUCGUAUAUAUUGCCAGUUAAUGUGAUGUAUAAUUGUCGCAAUGAACAAUGCCAAGUCAGCUGCCCACAUAUGCAUAGCUUCCCAGAUGGCACAAAUGUUUUAAAACUUGUUUGUAUUGGCGGUUCAUGGAUUAUACGUAAUUCGGAAUUUAUGAGUGUGCCACCAUGUCAAGCUUCUUGCAAUCCUGCAUGUCAAAAUAAUGGUAUCUGUGUGGAGGCUGGCUACUGCAAAUGCCCUGAUAAUUUCUCAGGUCCUCUAUGCCAAUAUAAGAAAUCUAUAUGUGCUUCGAAGCCGCCGAUACCGAAGAAUUCUAAAGUCACAUGUGCCAAUAAUGUUUGCAAUGCGGAGUGUAUGCGUGGUUUUCGUUAUCCCGAUGGAAGUAAUAUAACUAAUAUUGAGUGCCAAGAUGGUCAAUGGGUACAUACGAAAUCAGGCUUGGCUAAGCCACCGGAUUGUGCGCCUACUUGCGCACCUGCUUGUGCCAAUGAGGGACAGUGCAUAUCUUUUAAUGUUUGCCAAUGCUCGAAAAUGUAUCGUGGCGACCAUUGUCAAUAUAAUGUGGAUGCUUGUAAUAUAACUAAAACUGCUUUUAACGGCAACUAUAAAUGUUCCUACGAUCAUGAGUUAACAAAAUGUUCUCUUACUUGCCCCGAUGUCCAAGGCCUUAUAGUACACGGCAAUUUGGAAGAGGAAUAUAAAUGCAAAUAUAGUGAGGGUGAAUUUUAUCCCACCCCUUUACCGAAAUGCAUAUAUCCGUCUGGAUAUAUAACUAGACCCGGGACACAAAAAGCUCAUUUUGUGCAACAUAAUGGCUUAGUAGUUAGCGGUGGAGGCAUUUAUGAACAUUUAACCGAACGUGAAAAGAUGAUAGCUGUGAUAGCCAAAUAUAAAGAUCUCGAGCAAAAAAGCGAGUGGUGGUCGUCUGAAGAGACAGUCGUUUCGCCCAUUAGUUAUGCUUUAUAUACGACUGCUGAUAUAAAUGUUACCCUCGAUUACUCACCACAGCCAGCUAUUUGCGCUACUUGGGGUGGCAAUAAUGUAAAAACUUUCGAUGGUUUCAUAUAUAAAGCGUCUCUUUCUUCUUGCCCUCACACUCUGAUUAUCGAUCAAUUGGACGGCACCUUUGAUGUUACACUUAAAGCUUGUCCACGGGGUUCUGAGUACGGGUGUUCUCACUCUCUCAGUUUGUAUUGGGAUUCAAUUUUGUUCACUUUUGAAAACCAAAACGGGACUAUAAACAUGUAUACACCUACAAAAAAAUUUCCUAUACCGGCUCAAGUAAUGGGUAUGAAAGUAAUGCCGGUGGCUCAGCAUUUGCUGAUUGAUUUAGUACGGGUAGGCUUACAAAUAGAUUGGGAUCAUUAUCAAUAUGUAGGCGUACGAGCCAGUCCGGUGUUAUGGGGCCGCGUUGGUGGUCUUUGUGGCUCGUUAGAUGGCGAUUAUCGUAAUGAUUUGAUUACCAAAGCUGGUGCAGUGGUAGAAACGGUAAACUCGUUCACCGAUUCUUGGCGUGUUGAGGAUCCGUCAAGCACUUGCGUUAUGGAAAACCAAGUUGAACUGGAAUAUGAUCCGAAAUCGUGUGACACCGGCAAACGUAAGCAAGCAGUUAGUGUUUGUGAGCGUUUGUUAGCCAAUGAAAAAUUGGAAGAAUGUAUGAAACUAUUCAAUUUUGAGGCAUUGUUACGUAGUUGCAUCGAUGAUUAUUGCAAUUGCGACAAUCGAGAGCAUCCGGAAUCAUGUAAUUGUAAUACACUUUCCACGCUGGCCAAGGAGUGUACUUUUAAAGGCGUGAAAUUGGAACAUGGUUGGCGAAAUUUAGAAAUAUGUCCGAUUAGUUGCAAUUUUGGUAGAGUGUAUUUGCCUUGUGGACCUGAUGUAGAAGCUAGUUGCGAAUCUGCCGCCGUGCCUACUACUGGCAAAUGUAAUGAAGGUUGUUUCUGUCCUGCGGGUACUGUGCAAUAUAAAGAAGCUUGCAUUACUCCGGAAUUGUGUCCGUGCAAAAUGCGUGGCAAGGAAUUCAAACCCGAAGCUACUGUCAAGAAGAACUGCAAUACAUGCACUUGCAAAAAUGGCCAAUGGAGCUGUACGGAUAAAGCUUGUGGCGCCCGUUGUGGUGCCAUAGGUGACCCGCAUUAUCAAACUUUUGAUGGCAAGCGUUACGAUUUCAUGGGUAAAUGUACUUACUACAUGCUUAAGACGAGCAAUAUUUCAGUGGAAACAGAAAACGUAGCCUGCUCAGGAGCCAUUUCAGAAAAUCUUAAUCUUUCGCCAUCUUCUGAGAAUCCUUCUUGUACCAAAUCUGUUACUUUACGUUUCAUACAAAACUCAGGCAUUCCAACAGCCGUAAAAUUAGAUCAGGGAUCUUUUGUAACAGUAAAUAACAAGCAAAUCAUGAAGCUACCAAAAAUAUUAGGGAACAACGAAGUUUUGAUACGUCAUGUAAGUUCAACUUUUAUGACGGUCGAAUUUAACAACGGUCUACGUGUAUGGUGGGAUGGAAUAUCCCGUGUGUACAUAGAUGCCCCACCAAAUUAUCGCGAUCAAACAGCUGGUCUAUGUGGAACAUUUAAUUCCAAUACCCAGGAUGAUUUCUUGACACCUGAGGGCGAUAUAGAAACCUCAGCGGGGCCAUUUGCUGAUAAAUGGCGUGUUAAAGAUACCUGCGAUUUUAGCGCACAACCUUCAAUAGUGCCACAUCCCUGUACCGCGCAUCCGGAAAAAAAAUCAUCCGCCGAAAAAUACUGCGCUUGGGUUACCGAAGAUAUUUUUCAAGAUUGUCAUUGGACCGUGGAACCCGAACAAUAUUAUGAGGAUUGCUUAUACGAUGUGUGCGCUUGCAAGGAAGAACCAGAGCAAUGCUAUUGUCCCAUAUUGUCGGCUUAUGGCGCCGAGUGUAUGAGACAAGGCAUUAAAACGGGUUGGCGCCUAGCUGUAAAAGAAUGCGCCAUAAAAUGCCCAAACGGCCAGGUAUACGAUGAAUGUGGUGAUAGCUGUUCUCAUACAUGCGAAGAUUUGGCUACAAAGAAUACUUGCCAAAGAGAAUGCGUGGAAGGUUGUCGUUGUCCGCAUGGCGAGUAUUUGAACGAAAACAACGAAUGUGUGCCUCAAAGCAAGUGUCAUUGUUCGUUUGACGGCAUGACAUUUAAAGCAGGAUAUAAAGAAGUGCGUCCAGGCAGAAAAUUUUUGGACUUAUGUACUUGUCGCAAUGGCUUGUGGGAGUGCGAAGAUGCCGAACCGGGCGAUGAUAAACAGUAUCCUCCAUCUUCUGAAUUGAAAGCAGAGUGUGCAAUGCGACCUUACGCUGAAUUCACAAAAUGCGUACCUAAAGAACCAAAGACUUGUAAAAAUAUGCAUUUGUAUGUUGAGGAUUUAGACGACUGUCUUCCUGGCUGUUCGUGCAUGAUUGGCUACGUAUACGAUACAUCAAGGAAAAUGUGUGUACUGCCAGAGAAUUGUUCGUGCCAUCAUGGGGGAAAAAGCUUCAGCGAUGGUGAAAAAAUCCAAGAAGAUUGCAAUACUUGCGAAUGCCAAGCCGGUUAUUGGAAGUGUUCCGAUAAUGGUUGUGAGUCCACCUGUAGUGUUUGGGGGGACUCUCAUUUUACUACGUUCGACAAUCACGAGUUCGAUUUUCAGGGAGCUUGCGACUACGUGCUAUCGAAAGGCGUAGGCCCCAAUGGUGAUGGGUUUACGAUAGUCAUACAAAAUGUAUUAUGCGGUACUAUGGGAGUCACUUGCUCAAAAUCAGUGGAAAUUUCUUUAACCGGCAAUAUUCAAGAUACGUUAACUUUAACCAGUGACUCUUCUUAUCUAGCAGAUCCUAGCAAGUCCUUAAUGAAAAAAUUACGUGACACUGUUAAUGCGAAAGCGCAUGGUGCGUUUCAUAUUUAUAAGGCGGGCGUGUUUAUUGUCAUUGAAGUGGUGCCAUUGCAUUUGCAAGUUAAAUGGGACGAGGGUACGAGAGUGUAUGUGAGAUUGGGCAACGAGUGGAAAAAUAAAGUGAAUGGUUUGUGUGGCAAUUACAAUGAUAAUGCUAUAGAUGACAUGCAAACACCAUCGCAAAGCCCAGAGACCAGUCCUCUUAUCUUUGGUCAUUCCUGGAAGGUGCAAAAGUAUUGUGCUAUGCCAACACAACCAAUUGAUGCGUGCAAAGAGCAUCCAGAACGUGAAACGUGGGCGCAACUCAAAUGCGGAAUUCUCAAGUCUCCUAUGUUCAAGGAUUGUCAUGCUGAAGUGCCAUUUGAAAGGUACUUAAAACGUUGCAUAUUUGAUACGUGUGCUUGUGAUCAGGGCGGCGACUGUGAAUGUCUGUGCACGGCAAUUGCAGCCUAUGCACAUGCUUGUUCUCAAAAGGGUAUUAACAUUAGGUGGCGUAAACCUCACUUUUGUCCUAUGCAGUGUGAUCCUCAGUGUUCGGAGUAUAAAGCUUGUACACCAGCUUGUGCGGUAGAAACUUGUGAUAACUUUUUGGAUCAAAGCGCAGCUGAGCAUAUGUGUAAAAACGAAAAUUGUGUUGAAGGAUGUCUUAUAAAACCCUGCGAAGAAGGUCUAAUAUAUUCGAAUGAUACUUAUAAGGAUUGCGUUCCCAAGUCGGAGUGCAAACCCGUUUGCAUGGUUAAGGAUGAGAAAACCUACUAUGAAGGUGAUAUUCUCUAUCAAGAUGCUUGUUCGACGUGUCGUUGCUCGAAACGUAAAGAAGUGUGCAGCGGUGUUAGAUGCACGGAAGAUAUUAUUACUGAUAAACCUUCGAAAAUUAUCGAAGGUAUUACGCUUAAGCCUAUUUCCGAUGGAAUGCAAUCUAAAUGUAUUAAGGGCUGGACUCGCUGGUUUGAUAACGAUAACGAUUCCUCCGGCAAGUUGGUACGAUUAAACGAUGAAGAGAAACUACCUCGAUACAACCGAGGAGAAACAAUUUAUGGUACAUGCCAAACAAAAUAUAUGAAGGAUAUUGAAUGUCGUGUUAUAAACAGUCACGAGCCGUCGGAUUUUAUGGACGAAAAUGUUGACUGUAAUUUACAGAACGGUCUAACCUGCGUGGGCCAGUGUCAUGACUACGAAAUACGUGUAUUCUGUCAGUGUGAGGAGAAAGAAAUAAGUGUUUUCCCGCAUACAGAAAAACCUGAAAUUGGGCAAAAAUGUGAUUUACUAAUGGCUGAAUACAAGGAGCAUCCGGAAGAUUGUCAUCGAUUCUUGCAUUGCACUCCUAAGUCUACAGGCGAAUGGACCUAUGUGGAGAAAACCUGUGGCGAUAGUAUGAUGUUUAAUCCCGUUAUGAACAACUGCGAUCAUAUAAGGGUAGUGCAAGAGUUGAAACCUAUGUGCAAUAUAAAUGAUACGGAUGUGGACGUAUGCCCCGAAGGCCAGGUUAUUUCCGAUUGCGCUAAUCAAUGUGAGCACACUUGCCACUUCUAUGGAAUGAUAUUGAAGAAGCGUGGUCUUUGUAAAGAAGGAGAGCACUGCAGACCUGGCUGUGUGCCUAAAGAACGUGCUGAUUGUCAGGACGGUGGUAAAUUUUGGCGUGAUGAAAACACAUGCGUUGAAGCUGACGAAUGUCCUUGUAUGGAUCAAUCUGAAAAAUAUGUCCAACCUCACAUGCCGUUCGUAGGUGAGUUGGAGGUGUGUCAAUGCAUUGAUAACGCUUAUACCUGUGUGCCCAAUAAAGUUGUGGUAGUUACUUUGGCUCCAGUAACAAAUGCAACUCCUAUUACGGAUACCACUCCAUUCGAAGAAGUCUUCCCCGCUACGAUAGCAACGCUUAAGCAUUGCGACACUGAACUGUUAAGACCGGUUAUUCAAGGUCCGGAACCUUUACCAGAUUCUGUGCUUAGCGCCAGCUCUAGCCUUGGUCCCAAGUAUUCUCCGCAAAAUGGUCGUUUAUUGCCUUCGUCUAAAAAGCAGACGGACGCUUGGGCUCCUAUGAUAAAUGACCAAAUGCAAUAUUUACAAGUCACUUUACCCGAGAGAGAACCGCUCUUUGGUAUCGUUAUGGCUGGUCAUCCUGAUUUUGAUAAUUAUGUAACUUUAUUCAAGAUUUUAUAUAGUCAAGAUGGCGUGGCCUAUCAUUAUCUCGUAGACGAUACUGAAAUGCCACAAUUGUUUAAUGGUCCCUUAGAUUCACGUAUUCCUGUGAAAGCUCUUUUCAAAAUACCCAUCGAAGCCAAAUCAGUACGCAUUUACGCGCUAAAAUGGCACGGUUCUAUAGCCAUGCGUGUGGAAUUGUUAGGCUGUGAUGCCAUUGACUCUACGAUGAUUGAAGAAUAUGUGACAGAACCUUCUGUCAGAAUGCCAACAGAAGAAUAUUUCAGGGAAUGGGAAGAGGAUGAGAAAUGCAUCGACGAAAUGGGAGUUGACAAUGGACAGAUGAGCCCCAAUCAAAUUAAAGUCAGUAGCAUAUGGCGCAUUUCGAAGCCCGCACAAAAACCAAGACUGAUUGAUUCACUGAAGCUUUCUUCAAACGAUGGUUGGAAACCUAUGAUCAAUACACCAAAUGAAUAUAUAGAGUUUGACUUUUUGGAACCACGAAAUAUAUCCGGGUUCAUUACGAAAGGGGGUCCAGAAGGAUGGGUAACAGGUUUCAAGGUACUGUUUUCUAAAAAUAAGUUGAUUUGGAAUACGGCACUCACACCGGAGGGACAACCGAAAAUUUUCCGUGCUAAUCAGGACUCCGAUACUCAGCAAAUUUCUAAAUUUAAGACACCGAUUUUAACUCAAUAUAUAAAGAUCGUACCCGCUAGAUGGGAAAAUAAUAUUAAUAUGCGUGUCGAGCCUCUAGGAUGCUUUAUAGAAUAUCCUGUAACCAGAGAUUCUCUAGUAGAGAUAGAGCAGCCAAAACAUCCGAAAUGUUUGAACUGUGAGGGUGUGGUUGACCCAAAUAGUAAAGAAGGCGAUUGUAAAUGUCAAGACGGCCUUUAUUGGGAUGGUAGCUCUUGUGUACAAAGUAAUCUUUGCCCGUGUGUUGAGAACUAUAUUACUUAUCCAAUUGGCUCCAAAUAUGAAAACAAGGACUGCGAAGAAUGUGUCUGUGUUUUGGGUGGUCAUAGCAAUUGCAAGCCUAAAAAAUGUCCACCUUGCACGGACAACUUACGUCCAGUAGUCGGCUCUGGUUGUUAUUGUAAAUGUGAGCCAUGUCCUAAAGAACAAAAAUUAUGUCCCUCAAGUGGUGACUGUAUACCAGAGGUUGUUUGGUGUAAUGGUGUUCAGGAUUGCGCUGACGAUGAAGACGCAACAUGUAGAGAUAAAUAUGACGUUAUACCGGAGAAACUAGUUCUAAAUGAUACUGAAAUUAUAACAUGCCCGGUACCGGAAUGCCCGCCUCAGAUGAAACUCAAAUUGACAGAAAAAAAACUAAGGAAAAUGUCACAAAUGUUCUCAUCAACGUUUACGGAAAAAUAUACAGUCACAAGAGAAGGCAAUAAGGUCACUAAGACGAAAAUUAUAACAUCCUCUGAAGAAAUUUUACCGUCCACGAAACAAGAAAUUGAUUUUAAUAGAGAGCAAGCCUGUGAUGAGUUUAUUUGCGUGCCAAUACCUGUGAAGAUAAUAAAGAGGAAUGAGACCACAUCUUGUCCCGAACCGAAAUGUCCCAAUAAUUAUGAUGUGGAAGUGGAUAGAUCUACGUCUAAGCCCGGCGAUUGUCCGAGAUACAGUUGCAUUUUAAAACCAACUAAAGACGAUGUGUGUGAGAUUAGCGGCAAAAGCUUCACUACCUUUGAUGGUAUCGAGUUCAAGUACGAUACCUGCAGUCAUAUAUUAGCUCGAGACCUAAUUAAUUCGUCUUGGAUUAUAACUGUGCACUUACAAUGUACGGAUGAAUUACGUAAGAUAUGUCGUAAAAUGAUUACAAUUAAAGAUAUGGAAAAGCAAUCUAUUCUCACCAUAAUGCCUAAUAUGCGUGUAAACUUUAAUGGUUUUGAGUACACCGUACAACAACUUAUCAAUUCGCCCACAUGUAAAGCUUCGUUUGUGAUAUCACAACCUGGCAAUACCGUGCUAGUGGUAUCACCAAAGCGCGGUUUUUGGGUUUUAUAUGAUGAUAUAGGUUACAUUAAAAUCGGUAUAUCCUCGAAAUACAUUAAGACAGUCGAUGGCUUAUGUGGUUUUUACAAUGGCGUAGCUAGCGAUGACAAACGUACACCGAAUGGUACUAUUGUAGCGAAUACCGUUAAGUUUGGCGACAGCUGGUUCGAUAAGCGUAUACCAAAGGAAGAGUGUUAUCCACAGACGUGUCCUCUAGACUUGCAAAAAAAAGCUUUAGCAUUAUGUAAUACCAUUAAGCAUCCAACAUUUUUGAAGUGCGGCAAAUCGGUCAAUUACAAACAAUUUGUCAGCAAAUGCAUGGAAACUACUUGCGAAUGCCUUAAGGCGAGCAACGGAGACGCAAAAAGUUGUAAAUGUAACCUAUUGCAGGAUUUCGUUAAGAAAUGCCUGACAGUAAAUCCAAAUAUUCAAUUGGACACAUGGCGUGCUGUACAUAUGUGUGAAAUUACAUGCCCUGCCCCUCUAGUUCAUUCGGAUUGCUAUAAGAGACGCUGUGAGUUAUCAUGUGACACUUUGAAUAGCGAUGAUUGUCCUGUUAUCUCAGACGCUUGCUUCUCUGGCUGUUAUUGUCCGGAGGGUACAGUACGUAAAGGUGAAACAUGUGUUACUUUGGCUGAUUGUAAGGAUUGCGUUUGCAAUACCAUAGGUUCUUCAAAGUAUUUCACCUAUGAUCGUAACAGUUUCACUUUUAACGGAAAUUGCACCUACCUGCUAAGCAGAGAUAUUGUUCUGCCCGGAGUGCACACUUUCCAGGUUUAUGUUACUAUGGACGAUUGUCAUAAAUUAGGACGUACAACAGCGCCCGAGUUCUCAAGCUGUGCCAAGUCUUUGCAUAUUUUAAAUGGCGAUCAUGUUAUUCAUAUUCAACGAUCAUCUGACAAUCCGAAAGCUUUGAAAGUAUUUGUCGAUGGUUUUGAGGUUAAAAAGUUGCCUUAUAAAGAUACAUGGAUUAAUUUGCGUGAAGUCGUUGGCAAGGAACUAAUUCUCACUUUGCACGAAUCACAUGUCGAACUAAAGGCUGCCUUUGAUGAUUUAAUAUUCUCCAUUGGUGUCUCCAGUGUUAAGUAUGGAAGUAAAAUGGAAGGUUUGUGCGGUGAUUGUGAUGGUAAUCCGAACAAUGAUUUCCAAGAAAACCCUGCAAAGAAAAAAAAACGAAAACCUAGCCAGGACUUUGUAGACAUAAUGAAUAGCUGGCGAGCAGAUGAGCCCAAAUUAGGUCUAGACGCUAGCGAAUGUUUAAGUGAAGAGGUCGUGAAAGAAGAUUGUUUACCUUUGCCGCCGGAAAAAGAUCCUUGUUUAUGGUUCUUUGAAGAGGCAAUUUUCGGCAAAUGUAAUAUGAUUGUGGAUCCUGUAAUUUACGUGUCAGCCUGUCAGCAGGAUAUAUGCAAAGUAGGUAACGAUCAAAAGGGCGCUUGUGAGUCUUUGUCGGCCUAUGCAAACGAAUGCGCCAAACAUGGUAUAUGUUUAAAUUGGCGACGACCUGAUUUGUGCCCGUAUGAUUGUCCAUCCGAUAUGACGUACGAUGCUUGCGGUUGUUCAAAGACUUGCGAGACUAUGAAGUUGCUUACGGAAUUCCAGGCAGUUAAUAUGAAAACUAGUGCUGUGGUGAAUACAGUCUCUUCGGACGAUAUAUGCCCAAUUGAAGAACGUUUUGAGGGCUGCUUCUGUCCUCCAGGUAAAGUUAUGGAAAAUGGUAAAUGCAUUAGGGAAGAAAUGUGCGUCAAAUGUGAGGACAGCGAUCACAUAUUAGGCGAUAGAUGGCAAAAAGAUAAAUGCACGGAAUGCUUAUGUGAUAAAAACGGUAAAACGCAGUGCGUUGAACACAAGUGUUCGGUUGAGGAAAAUAUUUGCGCUGAAGGAUACAAGCCGCAGAAGAUUGUAAAUGAAGAUCAAUGCUGUCCUAGAUACGCAUGUGUGCCCGAACCAAAAUUACCCCCGCCUGAUGUUUGCUUGGAGCCUAUUAUGCCUGUUUGCGGGCCCGGACAAUUCAGAAAGCAGAAAACAGGUCCCGAUGGGUGUCCGCAAUAUAUAUGUGAAUGUAAACCUAAAGAGGAUUGUGAUCCAUUAGAACCUGUCGGUUAUUUAAAGUAUGGUCAAACCGUUGUGAAAGAAGAAAUAGGCUGCUGUCCCACCCAAAAAGUGAUAUGCGAUAAAACAACUUGCCUCCCCAAACCGCCAAAAUGCGGCAUGGAGUUCUACGAAGUUUACACUAAGCAAGAACCGGAUGAUUGUUGUCCCAGUUAUGAGUGCGGACCACCCAAGGAUCUUUGUAUAGUUGAUUAUGGCCCUGGUAAGAAGUUCACUAAGAAAAUUGCAGAAAAAUGGAUUGAUCCUCGUGAUCCUUGCAAACAUGAAAUGUGCGCUUAUGGACCAAAUGAUUCGACCCAAGUCAUAACCACUACUGAUAUAUGUGAAAAGAAAUGCUUAAAAGGCUUUAAAUAUGUUAAUGCGGAUCCUAUUAAAUGCUGCGGCGAAUGCAUACAAACUGCUUGCCUACAUCACGAUGUCUUAUACGAACCGGAAGACAUUUGGAAAUCAGAGGACAAUUGUACAACGUAUAAGUGUACAAAAGUGGGUACAAGUCUGAUUGUAAAUUCGGCACAAGAAACAUGUCCCGAUGUAAGCCAAUGUUUUGGCGAGCUAUUAGAAGAUGAAGGAGGCUGCUGCAAGAUAUGCAAAGAAACACCGAAAUCAGAAUAUCUUAAAAACUGCUUGCCGUUAUCUUUGGCGGAUACCGAAACUGUAAAUUUGAUUAAAGUAUUUAAGCCGGGCCAUGGCCAUUGUAAAAAUAAUCAACCUAUAUUGGGCUUUACGGAAUGUAUGGGCACUUGUAAUUCCGGCUCUAAAUACAAUGAAUUGACAUAUGCUCAUGAUAAAGUAUGCCAUUGUUGUAACAUUAAAUCGUAUAAGAAAAUUGCGGUACCUUUGACUUGCGCUGAUGGUGUGCAGUUUAUUAAGGAAUUAGAUAUUCCCGCGGCUUGUGGUUGCCAGCCUUGUUCCGAUUCUGGCGAAUAUCAUACUGACAAUUUCUUGGAUGUACGUUUACAACCUUUGCCUUUAGCGCAGUUAAUAGAGAGACAUUAAGUCUUUUAAUCUCGAGCAAAUAAUUUGAAAUUUCAGAAUUUAACUUUUAUUUUUGUUUUUGUAAACAAUAAAACAAA